UGGGUUUCACUUAGAGACCCAAAAUUCCUCUAGAACUGACCAUACGCGGACCCAAAUUUCGACACCGGAUAUCAAAUUACACCCUCAGCGGCGAGCUCCUCCGGUCAAAUCCUUACCGGCGAUAGCAGAUCACAGACUAGGUGCUUGUUCUUGCUACAAUGCCUUGCAAAUGAGUAGCUGAAGAAAGUCAGCUUUUUAUUGUGAUGUAAAUACGUGUAAUUCUUGGAAUAGAUGGAUUCUACAUCGAAGCACUCUCCCUUUUGCUUAAAAUGGCCAUGGGAUGUCCAUAACCAAAACCCUAAAACCCAUCUGCCUUGUACCUUUGAAACACCCUGGUUAUUCAAACCAUUCAAGAAUAUUGGCUCUGGAGUGUUUAAUUUCAUCCAAAAUAUAUCAAAACCCCAACCUUUAUCAUCCAAAUUCCAUUUCCAGUCGAAUGGUGGAGUUGGCCAAAACACUACCUUGAAGUUGAUGAAGAAGAAAUUGACUCCUGCAGACCAAGCGGAGGCCGAGCAGAGUGCGUUAGCAUCUGCCUUGGCCAGUGGAAAGGAGGGUACUGUAAUUGAAUUUUACUCCCCCAAGUGCCGGCUCUGCAAUUCUUUGGUUAAUUUCGUGAACGAGGUUGAGAACAGGAACACUGACUGGCUCAACAUUGUUAUGGUUGAUGCAGAGAAUGACCAAUGGUUGCCUGAGCUUCUCCAUUAUGACAUAAAGUAUGUUCCUUGCUUCGUUCUACUGGACAAAUACGGGAGGGCACUUGCAAAGACGGGUGUUCCAAGCAGCCGACUGCAUGUUGUGGCUGGUAUUUCUCAUCUCCUUAAAAUGAAACGUCCACAACACAAAUAGCGUGCAUAUGGUUGAUACAGCAACAGACAAGAGUGUUGGCUUGUCACAAUACAUUGCAUGUAACAGUUUUUAGCUGUAGGGGUCGACAGGUUGGAGCAAGUAAUGUAGUAGUUAUCAAGUGCAAGAUCUUUACUUGCGUUUGUUAUAGUUUCGUAAUCCAUUUUGGAGAUCCUGUUGUAUGAAUCCCCUGAAAAGUUAAGGGAAAAGAAGGAUAAUUCAGCUGACUUCUGUAUUUCAUGCCUAGGAGUUCCCAUGAAUUUGCUUGCAGUUAUUAUACUGGCGGUGUAAUUUACAUUUUGACAGUACCAGUUAUGCUUAUAUAUAACCUUCUUCUAUUGAUUUACUC